AUGGCCGGCAGCGAAGUCCGUACAUCACCGGAGUUACCUUUGAAGCUCCGGCUGUCCCUCGCCAUAUUCUCCGCCGUGUCCAAAGUCUCUCUUCGCCGCAACGGUACCGUCAACCGCUGCCUCAUGAGCCUUGUUGACUUUAAAUCCUCUACCAAUAAGAAACCCAUCAAGGGCGUCACCACCUCCGACACGACCGUCGAUUCCUCCCGCAACAUCUGGUUCCGCGCCUACCGGCCUCGCGAGGCCGCCUCCGGAGAGAACCUCCCCGUGAUCGUCUACUUCCAUGGCGGCGGUUUCGCGUUACUCGCUGCCAACUCGAAGCCGUACAACGACCUCUGCCUCAGGCUUUCCCGAAAACUCCCCGCCAUCGUAGUCUCGGUCAACUACCGCCUCUCGCCGGACCACCGCUACCCAUCCCAAUACGACGAUGGCUUCGACGCCCUUAAAUUUCUCGACGACAACCCUCCCGCAAACUCCGAUCUCACCCGGUGCUUCAUCGCUGGAGACAGCGCUGGCGGCAACCUCGCCCACCACGUCACAGCCAGAGCCGGCGAGUUCGAAUUUCGGAACUUGAAAAUCCUCGGACUCAUACCGAUACAACCCUUUUUCGGCGGCGAAGAGAGAACCGAAUCGGAAACCCAACUAGCCAGAGCUCCGGUUCUUUCAAUGAAGCUCACUGACUGGUACUGGAGGGCGUUUUUGCCGGAGGGGUCGGACAGAGACCAUGCGGCGGCGAAUGUAUUCGGGCCGAAAUCGAGCGGCAUAUCGGGGGUGAAGUUUCCGAAAAGUUUGGUGUUUAUAGGAGGUUUCGAUCCGUUAAAAGAGUGGCAGAAGAGGUAUUGUGAAGGACUAAAGAUGAGUGGGAAUGAAGUGAAGGUGGUGGAAUAUGGAAAUGGGAUUCAUGGGUUUUAUGUAUUUCCGGAGCUGCCGGAGAGUGGCUUGAUGGUGGAGGAGGUGAGGGAGUUUAUGAAGGAGAGAACAGGAUUUGGGGAUCAGUGACUUAAGUUAGCAAUCGAAGGGAGGAGGAGCUAUGGUUGUUUUUGCUUUCUUUUUCAUUUUUUUUUUUUUUUUUUCAUUUUCAAGCAUGCAUGGAGGUGUUGGGUGAAUUAUGGUUUUUUCUAAUUGAUGAAUAAAAGAAA